AUGUUGUCUCUUUCAGCUUAUUGUUUUGAAGUUUUCAUUUGUGAUUCUGUUGUUUCGGUAUCAACGUCUUCAUUGUUAGUCGUAUUCUCUGAAACCGUUGUUGUUAGUCAUCUUUUCUGGUGUCAUCGUUACUGGUGCGUUGUUGCCGGUAUCGCUAUUGGUGUGAUUUCACAUGUCAUACUUAUAUUGUCUCUUCUAGCUUAUUGUUUCUUCGAAGUUUUUGUUUGUGAUUCCGUUGCUUCGGUGUCAUCAGUGUUAAAGCCUCCAUUGCUUUAG